GCUCUUGUUGUCUUCGGAUCUUCGUGAACAUAAUACAAUUCAGGAGAUAAGGUUGUCAAUGAAGUGGAGUGUGCUAUUAAGUGAAUCACCAUACAUCUAAACAUACGGGGUCUUCUUGAUUAGCUAUCAGAACACUGGGGGUAGCUGCAAUCCGUCGGUAGCUCCCUCUCGCAUUCUAGUUAGAAUCUCAUGCUUAGGUUGUAGAGAUUAGGAUUUAGUGAAAACUUUAGGUAUAGGAGGAGAGUAGAUCCGUGGGGGAGGAGAUGACCUUGCGAGUAGAAUGGGAAGCUUUGGUGAGACUGCGAUGGGUGCACGAUUAGUGGGCCAAAUCACAGUUCGGGACCGUUUAAAUCGAAAGAUGUUUCACUUUCGUGCUCAACAGACUGGCCAUACUAGUGCAUUCUAAAUGUACCCCAAUAAAAUUGGGGUUAAUUGCAUGGUUGGUCAUUGAGAUUACAAAAAACGUUCAAGUUUUGUCACUCGAAAUAUUUAAAUCCAUUGAUGGUACUUCAGUUGACUGAAACUGUUCACGUUUGGUCACUCUCCGUCCAACUCCGUUAACUUUUGUUCACGUGGCGGUCAACUCUAAAAGUUGACCAUUAAAUGUGUGACGUGACAAUUUAAAAAUAAUAAAAAUAAUUUUUUAAAAAUUGCCAUCUCAUUUCCAACUCAUUUCAAUUUUAUUUAAAAUAAAUAAAAAAAUCUAAUUUCUUGUAAUCUCCAAUACCAACUACCCUGCCGGCAGCGCCGUUGUUGUCGCUUCCAUUGUUGUGGUCAUCUCCGCCAAAGGCGAAUCGUCCUCUGCCACCGGCGACAACGACCCUUCUUCCCUCUCCCCCUUUUCCUUUCACUCUCCUCUUCUCUCUUUUAUCUUCUCCAUUACCUAGAAAAACAGAGACAUCAUUCGAUACACAACAAUGGCGAAUCCCACCUUCGCUUUCCUCCCCUUUACGUAAUGACCUCCGCACAUGAUUACCCCCAUUUCCCUCUCUUAUUCUUUUGCCAUGAAGAGGAUGCUACCACUUCUUAUCCCCAAUCCGCACAACUCUGAUAAUGAUGACCUAAGCUCCAUCCCCUCUUCAUCGCCUCUCGACGACCUUUACUGCGAGGAAGAGAGGUGGGGACACGAAGACGACAACGACGAGGUUUUGGAUUCUAGUGAUACCGAUGGCGUCAACAUCGCCGGGGGUGGCCAUUGUCUUUCUCCGAUUUUGUUGCUAGAGCAGAGCUGGUUCUGGGAAGACGAAGAGCUAUGUUCACUCUUCGCUAAAGAACAGAGCGACGAGGAGCGGAGGAAGCGACCAAUCAAGGAAACUUGCCCUGUCAUACGCUCUGCUCGUCGGCGAGUUGUGGAGGAUUUUCCUUUGGCGGCGAGUACCACAACAAUGGAAGCGGCAGUGACGGCGCUGCCGGCGAGGUAAUUGGUAUUGGGGAUUAGAAGAAAUUGAGAUUUUUAUUAUUUUAAAUAAAAGUGAUAAUGAGGU